UUGUUUUAUACUAUGUUAUAGUAUUAGUUGUAGUAGUAGUUGUAGCAUAGUAUUAGUUGAAUUUAACAGCAUCUGAACUUUCAGUUGUUUCAUUUACUAAUAUAUUAUUAGUAUUAAGCAUGCAAAAAAUAAAUAGUUCCAGAAUGGACAUCGCUUUAGCGUUGGAGAUCGAGCAAGUUUCGCGUCAGAAGGCGCUGGAGGAAGAAGCGCUCCGCGGCGAGUCGGCUGUGCGGCAGUUCUACGCGGGAACCACAGCGCUGAUCACUGGAGGGACGGGCUUCAUCGGGAAACAACUCAUAGAGAAGCUUCUAAGAUCAUGCGACGUUAAGCGGAUUUACAUAUUGAUGAAGUCGAAAAAAGGGAAAUCAAUGCCAGAAAGACUGCAGUCACAAUUUAAUGAGCCAGUAUACGACAAUUUACGAUCUCAACAACCAGAUUUCGCUCGGAAAGUGAUACCGGUCGAAGGCGACAUCUCAGAACUAGGCGUCGGCCUGAACGAUGAAGACAGGAUGAAGCUUGCGCAAGAGGUGAAUGUGAUAUUCCAUGUGGCUGCCACGACCAGGUUCGAAGAGCCACUGAAGAAGGCCACAUUCAUCAAUGUCAGAGGAACCAGGGAGAUCAUGAAAUUGGCCAAAUGCUGUAAAGAUCUAAGGUCCUUCGUACACGUGUCAACUGCGUUCUCUAAUGCAACCAAGAGUAGAAUAAAUCACGAUUUGGAAGAGAAAAUCUAUGAAAGCCCUGUCCCUCCGGAAGUCAUGAUACAGCUCGCGGAGACAGUCGAAGAAUGCAGACUCAACGCCAUCACUGCUGAUUUGAUAAGGGACUGGCCCAACACGUACUGCUUCACGAAGGCCAUAGCCGAGAAUGUCGUGCGUACAAUGGGCAAGGAUUUACCUGUGGCCAUAGUGAGGCCACCCGUAGUAAUCUGUUCGCUCAAUGAACCCACCCCUGGAUGGGUGGAUAUGAGCUCGGUGAUCGGUCCUAGUGGGAUAAUUUUGACAAUAAUGCUGGGCGUGAUGCACGUAAUUUUAAUGAGUGAUAUUAACGUUCCAAUAGUGCCCGUGGACUACGUAAACAAUGCGGUAAUAGCAACAGCAGCGGAGACAAAUAAACGUUACAAUAAUAAUGAAAAAGAAAUUAAAGUUUACAAUAUAAGCUGUUCUGGGUGCAAAAUUGAAACAUCUUGUAUGUAUGAUUUCCUAAAGAGUCCUAAGACAUUAGAGUACGCUACACCGAAAGCCGUUUGGCAUUGUUAUGGUUUUAACACUGGAAGCUAUUUUGUAUUCUGGUUUUCAACAUGGCUGCUGCAUUACAUACCUGCGUAUGUAGCCGACUUCGUGUUCAAUGUGACCUCCAUGAAGCGACCUGGGGGCGUAAAGUCAUUCGUCAAAAUUUAUGAAAAGAUAUACAACAUGUCUUUGCGAUACGGUUAUUUCCUGACAAACCAGUGGAAUUUUGUCGAUGACAACACUAUGGCCAUGUUGAACCAAAUUUCAAAAACUGACAGGAUAUUGUUCAAUUUUGAUGUUGCGAAGAUCGAUUGCUCGCGUUUUAUGGCGAUCUGGUGCAUCGGCUUAAGAAAGUUUAUUUUGAAGGACGGCCUCAAGAACAGCGAAUAUGGUAGGAAGAAACAGAGCUGGUUGAAGAUAGCUAAUUUAUGUUACCAUGGACUAUUUUUGGUAACCGUAAUUUAUUUUCUGUACAUUUGCUGUGCAAUAUUGAUGUACGUAUUUCGAUGAUUGUGUAUGAUCUAUUAAUAGUGUACUAUGUAAAUUCAAAAUAUAAUUCUACUCAUUAAAACGAUAGUGAUGGAGAUGGUGAUGGUUUGAAGUCGUAGUCACCACGAGUAUUGGUACUAAAUUGUCACUCCCAUAUUGUUUGGUGUCUUAUCUAUUUGUAAGUGGUUAAUAAAUAAGAAUCAAUACAUAUUACAUCUUU